AUGGGUGAAAAGGUGUCACAGUUACUAUGGGUGGCUCUGACGCUGCAUUUCAGUUCGUGGAUUUGUGCAGCAUUUCUAGAUAAAACAAUGCUCAAGAAUCUAGCCGGGUUGCUGGCAGACGUGAAUGACAUAGACUAUGGAAAUCCUCAGCUACGCCAGACGUACGAUUACGUGAUCGUUGGUGCGGGUCCUGCAGGAUGUGUGCUGGCCAAUCGGCUAACGGAGGAUCCGUCAGUGUCGGUGUUGUUGCUGGAAAUCGGUGUAGGUGAACGACCUGCCUUUUCGGACCCGGCCAUGCUUGGUCCGAUGUUGAUGGGGUCGGGUUAUAGCUUCGGGUACUUCACGAAACCACAGAAGUACGGAUGUCUCGGGCUGAAAGAACGCAAGUGUAGCUGGACCCACGGUCGAGGCGUGGGAGGAUCAUCGAUCAUCAACAACAUCAUCUUUACCCGUGGAAACCGACGUGAUUUCGACAACUGGGCUCGAGCUGGCAUGGAAGGUUGGAGCUGGGAUGAAGUUCUUCCGUACUACAAGAAGAUCGAACGGGCCAACAUAAAGGGCUUUGACGAUAAUGGCGCCCACGGGAAGCAAGGACGUGUGUCCGUGGAAGAUUGUCCGUUUCGAUCGGAAGUCUCCAAGGCGUUUGUUGCAAGUGCUCAGGAAGCUGGUUAUCCGUAUCUGGACUACAACGCGGGUGGAGAUCUGGGAGUGUCAUUCUUGCAGGCACUCUCCAAGGACGGACACCGAGUGACGGGGGGAAACUCCUACCUGAAGGAUAUAAAGGAUCGUCCGAAUCUGCACAUUUCGACUCGAUCUUGGGCCACAGAGGUCCUCUUCAAUGAAGAUAAGACAGAGGCACGCGGUGUCCGGUUCACGAAGAACAAGCGCUACCACACGGUUAGGGCCCGAAGAGAGUUGAUUCUAUCAGCUGGAGCUUUUGAAACUCCAAAAUUGCUCAUGAACUCAGGGGUAGGGCCAGCGGCCCACCUGAAAGAGCACGGUAUCCCGCUGGUACAGGAUCUUCCAGUGGGUCGUCGAGUGUACGAGCACGGGGGAUUGUUUGGACCGAUCUUCAUCGUGCAGAAUGUCUCUCACGCGGAGCGAAACUUGCUCAGUCUAGAGCAGGUUGUCACACUGGACGAGAUAUUGCGCUUCCGCAACGGAACCGGUCCGUUGACGACGAACUCGAUCGAGAGCCUGCUGUACGUGAAGUCACCCGUCGCUUCCAACCCAGACCCAGGUAUGCCCGACGUAGAGGUAAUGCAAUCGUUCACCUCGCUCAGCUUUGACUCGUCGUACGGAACACGUGUCGCCUACAAUCUGCCUGAUGCGCUCGUGCGCGAUUACUUCGAUCCGCUUGUCGGCACGCGCAACUUCAUGUUCCUUCCGAUGCUCCUUAAGACGCACACCGUCGGUCGCGUUGAGUUGAAAUCGCGCAAUCCGUUCCACCACCCCGUCUUCCAGUAUCAAUACUUUGAGGACGACCGUGAUGUGGAGGCGUUGUUGUAUUCUAUCAAAGAAGUACUGCGUAUUGCGCAAGCGGGACCACUGCAGCGUAUGGGCAUCGAGCAGUACACGCGGCCAGUGCCAGGAUGCGAACAUCUGACGUUUAAUUCGGACGACUACUGGCGCUGUCAUGUGCGUGUCCUGACGACUACGUUCCAGCAUCAGGUGGCAACCUGCCGUAUGGGUCCUCCCGGAGAUCCGGAUGCGGUCGUCGAUCCUAGAUUGCGUGUACGAGGCAUCGGGCGACUACGCGUGGUCGAUGUGGGCAUCAUUCCGGAACCACCGAGCGCUCACACCAACGCCAUGAGCUAUCUGAUAGGCGAGAAAGCUGCCGAUAUGAUUAAGGAAGAUAAUAGGGUUAGGUUUUGA